AUAACUUCAUCAACUCACUAUGGAAACUCCCUACCCAAAACCCAUUUCUCCCACCAAGACCCGCGUCGGCUGGAUCGGCAUCGGCGUGAUGGGCGCAGCCAUGGCCUCUCGCCUUCUCUCCGCCGGCUACUGCCUCACCAUCUUCGCUCGAAACCCGUCAAAAGCCCUUCCUCUCCAAUCCAAAGGCGCCACUCUCGUGAACUCCCUCCACGACUUGGCUCGAUCGAGCGACGUCGUCUUCACCAUGGUGGGAAACCCACAAGAUGUUCGAUCAGUUGUCUUAGAGAACAACGGUAUUCUUUCCGGGCUAAAUCCUGGUGCUGUACUCGUUGAUACUACCAGUAGCCAUCCUACUCUUGCUCGAGAAAUCUUUAAAGCCGCUCGUGAUAAAGAUUGUUGGGCUGUGGAUGCCCCAGUUUCCGGGGGUGACAUUGGCGCAAGAGAUGGAAAAUUAGCUAUCUUUGCGGCGGGUGAUGGCGGGGUGGUCGAGUGGUUAUCGCGAUUGUUUGAAGUAAUGGGGAAACAUACGUAUAUGGGAGAGGCGGGGUGCGGGCAAAGCUGCAAAAUUGCUAAUCAAAUUGUGGUGGGAGCUAACUUGAUGGGGCUGAGUGAAGGGCUGGUGUUUGCAGAGAAGGCGGGAUUGGAUGUGAGGAAGUGGAAAGAAUCAGUGAGGGGAGGCGCGGCGGGGUCAAUGGUGAUGGAGUUGUUUGGGCAGAGAAUGAUUGAGAAGGACUUUAGGCCAGGUGGUUUUGCAGAGUAUAUGGUGAAGGACAUGGGGAUGGGUGUGGAUGUAGUGGAGGAGAGCGAGGAUGGGCGAGUGGCGGUGUUGCCUGGUGCUGCAUUGGGCAAGCAGAUGUUUUCGGCAAUGGUGGCGAAUGGAGAUGGGAAGUUUGGCACUCAAGGGCUUAUUUCUGUUAUAGAAAGGAUCAAUGGCAACCCUGAAAUGCUUGACCCUGGAAGAGGAGGACGUGCUCGCAGCAUGCGUCUUUGCCCUGCAACUUUUAUUACUUGCCCUCCAGUUCAACUUAUCUCACCGACUUCCUCAGUCACUAAGGCGCAGCAGCCCUUUGUUGCCCCUAAGGUCCCCUCUGAUUUUAAGUAUUUUGCUGGGUCUCACCUUGUGGCCAGUAUACUGAAGCAAUUUAACUCGAAUAAGAAGAAAAAGAUCAAAUUUACAGCUCUCCAAGAUUCUACCAAGAAUAACAAAAACCAACCAACUCAAGCAGUUAGGAAAUGUAUGCAUUGUGAGAUAACAAGGACACCACAAUGGAGGCCAGGACCAUUGGGACCAAAGACCCUUUGCAAUGCAUGUGGUGUUCGUUACAAAUCAGGCAGGCUCUUCCCCGAAUACAGGCCUGCAGCUAGCCCAGCAUUUGUUCCAUCCUUGCACUCCAAUUCCCACGAGAAGGUUCUUGAAAUGAGAAGCAACAAGGGUGGUGAAAAGCCUACAGUGGCAGGGAUUGAGAAAAUGAUAACCAAUUCUCAGGAGUUGAUUCCAAAUAGCAACAACCUUGCACUGGAGUACAUUUGA